AUGCGAAUCCACGAAAGGCACCUCCGCAGACCCUAUGGCAGUGGUUUUCGGGGUAACCGCCCUCGUGGGGAGUACGGGAAGCCUGGCAACAGCCUGGCACUACCCAGCAACCCCCACACCCGCCCACCGCCCCACACCGGCCCACCGCCCCACACCGGCCCACCGCCCCACACCGGCCCACCGUCCCACACCGGCCCACCGUCCCACACCGGCCCGCCGCCCCACACCGGCCCACCGCCCCACACCGGCCCGCCGCCCCACACCGGCCCACCGCCCCACACCGGCCCACCACCCCACACCGGCCCACCGCCCCACACCGGCCCACCGCUCCACACCGGUCCGCCUCCCCACACCAGACCGCCUCCCCACACCAGACCGCCGCCCCACACCUUCGCCACUCAAUGA